CUGGACAACCGGGGGGGUGGGGGGGAAACGCGAGAGAUCGUGGAGAGUACCGUGUUACGCUUUUAAAGAACCUCUUCGACUCGUAGGAAAGACUUUUUUGGAAGCCUGUAUGUAUUUAUGUUUUUUUUCUUCUUCUUCUUCGUUUUUGGUGGGAUUAACUAGCCGCGUAAAGGAGCGCAUUCCUCGGAGGUUCAACGCCGAAGAAUAAAGUAGUUUAAUCGAGCCCGACCGCACGAAUUUCUUCUCCCAACUGCUCCCUCCAGUCUGGUCUAGUCCGGCUGGGUGCGUUCUGGAGAGAGUCGGGGAUGCUUUGUCGAGAUCUGCUUCCACAUGACGAGGGAUUAGACGCCUGAAUUACAGCCUUCUGUGGGGUUUUCUCUCACUUUGGGGGAAACAAAGGUCGGACCGACGAUUAGGGCGCACGUCGGGGAUUUUCACCACCUCCCCCCCUCAUCCCCCACCCCUGUCUGCCGAGACUGGUAUCUGUGUGCAAAUUUCGACCAUUUUGCCAAAGGACCUGCACACUGGAGACGUAAACAAAGGAUACACUUCAAGAUGUAUCCACAGGGCCGACAUCCGGCUCCACAUCAACCCGGCCAGCCUGGCUUCAAAUUCACCGUUGCCGAGUCUUGCGACAGAAUCAAAGACGAGUUUCAGUUCCUCCAAGCCCAGUAUCACAGUCUCAAGGUGGAGUACGACAAACUGGCCAAUGAGAAAACGGAGAUGCAGCGCCACUAUGUCAUGUAUUACGAAAUGUCUUAUGGGUUGAACAUAGAGAUGCACAAACAGACGGAGAUUGCCAAACGGCUGAAUGCAAUUUUAGCUCAAAUUAUGCCUUUCCUGUCACAAGAGCACCAACAGCAGGUUGCUCAGGCAGUGGAGAGGGCUAAGCAGGUGACUAUGACCGAGCUGAAUGCCAUCAUCGGGGUACGUGGACUUCCCAAUCUGCCUCUCACCCAGCAGCAGCUCCAGGCGCAGCACCUCUCCCACGCUGCUCACGGCCCUCCCGUCCAGCUGCCGCCCCACCCCUCGGGUCUGCAGCCGCCUGGAAUCCCCCCUGUGACGGGCGCCGGAUCGGGCCUGCUGGCACUCGGGGCUCUGGGCAGCCAAGCUCACCUCCCGGUGAAGGAUGAGAAGAACCAUCACGAUCUCGAGCACAGAGAAAGCACGAACAACUCGAUAUCCCCAUCAGAAAGCUUGCGGACAGCCAGCGAGAAGCACCGCAGCUCCUCGGACUACAGCUUGGACUCGAAGAAGCGCAAAGUGGAGGAGAAGGACAGCAUGAGCAGAUAUGACAGCGAUGGAGAGAAGAGCGAUGACUUGGUGGUAGAUGUGUCCAACGAGGAUCCCGUCACCCCACGGGCAAGCCCAGCCCACUCCCCGCCUGAAAACGGCAUCGAUAAACCACGGCCACCAAAGAAAGAGACGCCCAACAGCCCGGCAUCGGUGGCCUCCUCCGGAAGCACCCCUUCCUCCAAGGCCAAGGAGCUCAGUCAUAAUGACAAAUCCUCCACGCCUGGUCUGAAAUCCAACACCCCCACCCCACGUAACGAUGCCCCCACCCCUGGCACAAGCUCCACUCCUGGGCUCAGACCCAUCCUGGGCAAACCACCAGGCAUGGAGGCUCUUGCAGCACCAGCUUUGCGGACCCCCCUGUCCAUCGCAGGCUCCUAUCCUACCCCCUUUGCUAUGAUGGGCCACCAUGAAAUGAACGGCAGCCUGACGAGUCCAGGGGUCUAUGCUGGCCUGCACAUCUCCCCUCAGAUGAGCGCUGCAGCAGCUGCAGCAUACGGACGCUCCCCCAUGGGGUUUGAUCCUCACACCCAUAUGAGAGCGCCCGGCCUUCCAGCCAGCCUCACGUCUAUUUCUGGAGGCAAACCUGCGUACUCUUUCCACGUCAGCGCAGACGGCCAGAUGCAGCCUGUGCCCUUCCCGCCGGACGCCCUCAUUGGGCCCGGCAUCCCCCGUCAUGCACGUCAGAUCAACACGCUCAGCCACGGCGAAGUGGUGUGUGCCGUCACCAUCAGCAACCCCACACGUCACGUCUACACCGGCGGCAAGGGCUGCGUCAAAAUCUGGGACAUCAGCCAGCCCGGCAGCAAAAGCCCCGUGUCCCAACUGGACUGUCUGAACAGGGAUAACUACAUCCGAUCCUGUAAGCUCCUGCCUGAUGGCCGCACAUUGAUUGUCGGAGGCGAGGCGAGCACUCUGACCAUCUGGGACCUGGCCUCUCAGACGCCCCGCAUCAAGGCCGAGCUCACCUCGUCAGCCCCGGCGUGCUACGCCCUGGCCAUCAGCCCCGACGCCAAAGUCUGCUUCUCCUGCUGCAGUGACGGAAACAUCGCCGUUUGGGACCUGCACAACCAGACUCUUGUUAGGCAGUUCCAGGGUCAUACAGAUGGUGCUAGCUGUAUUGACAUUUCCCAUGACGGCACUAAACUGUGGACGGGCGGCCUCGACAACACCGUUCGCUCCUGGGACCUUAGGGAGGGUCGGCAGCUGCAGCAGCACGACUUCACCUCACAGAUCUUCUCCUUGGGCUACUGUCCGACGGGUGAGUGGCUCGCUGUCGGAAUGGAGAGCAGCAACGUGGAGGUGCUCCACCAUUCAAAGCCCGACAAAUAUCAGCUGCACCUGCAUGAAAGCUGCGUCCUCUCCCUCAAGUUCGCCUACUGUGGUAAAUGGUUUGUAAGCACUGGGAAGGACAAUCUGUUGAACGCUUGGAGGACUCCUUAUGGCGCCAGCAUAUUCCAGUCCAAGGAAUCCUCUUCGGUCCUGAGCUGCGACAUCUCAACGGAUGACAAGUAUAUCGUGACGGGCUCUGGGGACAAGAAGGCCACCGUUUAUGAAGUGAUCUAUUAGAAGCGCCUGGGACGGCUUUGGAUGGGAGCGCGUUCGGGAGCAGCGUGGUCUUCCUCCUCCGCCUAUCUUCCCUCAGACAGGACGACAUGGAUUCUGCUUUGCAGGCCCGGGAGUUUGGCAGUGCCAGACUGAAAUGGACGGAGGCGCUCUCUAUUGGACCUGGAUUUUUUUUUUAUGUCUGAUUAUUAUAACACUUGUACAGCAAGAGCGGUUUUUUGCGAAGGCACUAAGAAAACGGAAAUUAAAACAGAAAAACGCCUUGCUUGCCCCCCCCCCCUCACCCCCACACUGUUUGUUGGAUUUCUCUUCUUUCUUUUUUUUUUAUCCUUUUUUUUUGACUGUGGAGAUAAGGUUCCAUGACACAACUAGAAGCGGCGCUUCACUUUGGAGCUUUUUCCUCGGAGGUCCUGUGAAAAGUGUACAUAAUGGAGUAAUAAAUGGCCUUUUAUAGAUUUAUAUUUUGGUGUCCAAUUUCGCUUGUGAUGGUUCUCUCUUGUUCUCUGUGAUUUUUCUGUCUCCUUUGGGGAUGGAAAUUAGAUUAGGACUUUGUAAGAGGAUAUUCUGUUUCCUUCCCCCCCCCUCCCCUCCGUGGCAUUUUUUUCCCCCCAUGUUCUUUGUCAAGAGCAACCUUUUUCGGAAAUCUAAUUUGGAGGUUUUUUUUUUUUUUUUCUUCCUGACAACAGCUUCUUUUUUUAUUUUUAUUUUGUUUGCUACUCGGUACAAAACAGAUGCCUGUUCCAAGGAGUUUAGCCACACAGAGCUCCGGAACCACCCCCCCUCCCCUCCCUCCCCCACCCCCAACCUGACUGGAGGAAGGAGAAAUUCAUUGUUUUCAGUUUCACUGGCCCCACUGGCUUUGGUCAGCAGAAACUCAACUCUGAAAUGAAGAUCUGUCACUGAACACUGGCGGCUUUCUGUUAUAGCGAAAUGGAUAACUAACAGCUGGAAGACUGAUGGAUUUCCUAAACGGCAGCCGUGACUCGAGCUCAGUCUGUUGACUUCGACCAUUGUAUGAAAAUUCAUCGCUCCGCUCUGCAAAGUCAUCAGUCUGCGCAAGUUAAUUAUUGCCUCUCUUUGUUUUGACGGCCUGUGACUGAUUUGCAAGACUUGCUUGGUUACACAUAUAGACGGCGAGCGACGCCGCGUCCACGUCUGACAUCUCGGGUACACCGUUUGCUUUCUUCAGUAUUCACAUUAUUCUGCCUGGAAAAGCUCGUACAGGAAACGGUCUCUGCAUAAACUGUGUCGCGUACUCUCAUCGCCCGUGAGGAUUGUACAGUAGGCAGUUGUUGAUAAGUCAAUAAACUGUUUUUAUAUAAAAUACAACCUUGACUUGA